UUCAAUGUGCCUAACUCGACACUGCUGCGUCGUAUAAACAAUAAAGCGUUAAAACAAACAGGACCCAGGACAAUUCUGAAGCCGGAAGAGGAGAAGCGCAUAGUGAAUUGGAUUCUUUACAUGGGAAAAGCAGGCUUUCCCGUCAGUGCAGCAGAUUUGACGAGUACCGUGAGUGAUUACGCCAAAAAGAUCAGGAAAACUCGUCAGAUUCCUCCAUCGUUUCCAAGUAAGAACUGGUGUCAAAGGUUCCUGGAGAGGCAUAACAACAUAAGGAAGAAAUACGUCACCAAGUUAUCGAAGGCUGGUGCCAAGGUUACGGAACAACAACUUCGUAAAUGGUUCCUGGAAGUUGAAGAAACUUUGGCUGAAGAGAACGUUGACAUGUCCAUUUUCAACCAGCCUCAAAGGAUCCUGAACCUCGACGAAUCUGGUUUUCAACUGACCCCCAACGAAUAUAAAGCACUUUGCGGACAAAACGUACAGAAUGUGUACUCCGUAAUUAACAACUCGGAUAAGGAAUCCUACACUGUGCUUUUCGGAUGCACUGCAGCUGGCGACCUAACUCCACCAAUGAUCCUUUAUGCGGGCCAAAGAAUCAGCAAAGAGAUUGCCGAAAGUAUCCCUGCAGGGUGGACAGUAGGCGUAUCGGACGAAGGAUGGCAGACCACCAAAACGUUUUAUGAAUACGUAGUAAACGAUCUGUACAAAUGGCUGGUGGAACGAGGGACUGAAUUUCCUGUUGUUAUAUUCGUGGACGGCCAUAAAAGCCAUGUCAGCAUGGAGCUGGCUGAAUUUUGUGUGAAGCAUCGGCUCAUUCUCAUCUCCUUGUACCCAAAUUCAACCCGGAUUUUGCAGCCCUUGGACAAACUUUAUUUUGGUCCACUGAAGAAAAUCUGGUUCAAAGUCCUCAGGCAGCACCUCCUAGCUGACAAUAAUGCCAGAGUAACAAAAACCAAUUUCGGAAGGCUUGUCAAAACUGCGGUCGACAACUUCACGAAUUCCAAGGAUUGUCUCAAAAAAGCUUUCAAAGUUUGCGGACUUUCUCCCUGGAAUGUCAACGAAAUCGACUUCAGUGAGCUGCCGGCCAACGCUACCCAGCCCGAAAAUCUAACAUCCGAUGAUACACUGCCCUACGAACCACUGACGAACGCUCAUCUGGUGCAGUUAGAACAGGUUGAGCUUGGGCUUCAGCAAGCUCAACUCGCUAGAUUCACUACAAAUAGAGACAAGGAUUUUUGGUACGGACCGUUGGAAGAGCUGGCCUUGUUCAAUUUCUGGAAAAGUAUCAAGGACAAAUCGGAAGGUCUCAUGUAUACGGAGCCCUUGAUUCCAUUUCAAAGCCUAGCCGUGGAUCUUAUGAUUGAUAAUGGCGGAGAAUGUGUCAUUCAGCCACUUGAACACAUCGGUAAUCAUUCCUUUAUCACAUCUGAUGAUCUUAGUACGAUCGUUGACUCAACUACGAAUUCAAUCACGGAAGUCGAAUUUGUAAAUUCCAUUCAGGCUAGUGACGGUUUCCUCGCUGCGCAAAAUGCCAACAAAGAUCCCGUUGCAGGCCCAUCUGGUAGUGUGGGAGAUACACUAUCCGCUAAAGUCAAUUCAGAAAACGACGUCUCAAUGAAUGCUAGCAAUGCUGAAAAUAGUUCUAGCUCCAGUAACGAAGACAGCACGCCUAUCAUCCCUUGUAAUGAAGACCCGUUCGAGGGCAUUCUGGUGUGGCCAAGGGUUAACGAGAACACCCACGGAAAAAAACGGCGUAAGCAGGAGCACGUGCCCUCGGUUGCCACAAGUGAUAGGUGGCUGCAAUGGUACAACAAAAAGGAUUCGGAUAAGAAACAGGAAGAGCUUGCAAAGAAAAAUCGGAUUGAAAAACGAAAGUUGAUUAAACAACAAAAAGAAGAGCAAAAGGAAGAACAAAGACAAGAGAAGAUCGAGAAAAAGAGGCAGAGAGAUGAAGAGAAGGAAUUGAGGCUGGCGAUUAAGGGAAAUGCAAAAAGAGCUAAGACUGUGAAACCGUCUAAACGCAAACAAAACUCCAAUGAUACGAACACCAAGCGUUUUCUCAAAAUCAAAAUCGGUUAAUUUGAUGAAUUUCUGCCAUGUAACCGAAAACAAGUCAUAACAAUACACAUCUCAAGUGAUAAAUCGAUAAAUCUAACCCUAACCAGAAGCAGAAUUGAAAAUGUUUCAUAAGACUGUUGCUAUGAUUUUUUUUAUUUUUAUCUUUUAUUUAAAUAAAUUGUUAUUUGCAUAAUAUGUACCUGAGUUGUUAAGCUAAAUAAAUCCAAUUGAUUAGCUUUUAAAUGUGGAUUUUCCUUAGAAAAACAAUAAAAUUAUGAGAAAUUCUAAGCAACUGUACGAUAACUUUUGUGUCCUGUCCAUGUCACGCUUUGUUACAUUGGGAAUACUAAUUUUAUGUGACGGUCAUUAAGUUUGUCGAACCCUCUCCAGCUACCCCAAACCUAGAAGCGUCAUGAUCUCGCUGAAUAGAUGUAGAACGUCCAUAAAUUAUAUAACGUUCCAAGGGGGGGUGGAUAGGGUUCAGCAAAGAGUGACGAAGCAUACAAAAAUUUCAGAGGUCUCAUAUGAAAAGUGUGAAGAAGGGGGGAGUCGAAAAUGAACGAUUUUUGUGUGAAGCAAUUUCUGGACGUUCCCUAAGCGUUUACCAUCUGAUUUUUAUGGGAUUCUCAAGCAAAAAAGCUAUGUACUCUAUUUAAUGCAUUGGCGUUUUGUGCCAUCGCCACACUAUAUGAUCUUUAUAUUCAGUGUUUGACAUGACCACUUCCGUUAAUACACUUCGAACUCGAUUCCAAUCCAUCGACAAAGUUAGCUAUUGUAGUUUAGUAGAGUAUUGUACCAUUUGGGCAGGUGUACCUAUUUUGGUUUCUUGCCGCUAUAACUAAGUCAAUUUCAUACGGAUUGAGUUGAAUUUUUGUAUAGAGUUAGGCACGUACAGUAUCUAACUCUAUACAAAAUCUCAAACCAAUCGGUUUGAGAUUGACUUAGUUAUAACGGCAAGUGCCCAAAAUAGGUACACCUGCCCAAAUGGUACAAGACCCUACAUUCAUUCCAUAGUUAUUUAAACGUUCUAUGUCGUUUGGUGUACUCAAAAAGGUAAUAAUCGGAUGAUUCAUAAAUCGUGUACUAAUUGAUUCAUAUUUGUGGACGUCUCCAUGGCUGAUUCAUAAAUUGUGGUAUUGGGCUUUCUACAUAUAAAUCAAGAAAAUAAUUUUACAAUUAUUUUCAAUACGCAGAAUGUUUGUAAACUGAGACUGUGGACCUAUUCCUACUAUUUGCUGUUCAUUUUAUCUAGGUAUUUUGUUUAUUCUGCUCCACAUUAAAUUUUAAACGUCGUACAAACCCUUAGAUGAUUCAUCAGUGUGGGGUC